UGAAAGUCCAAGAGCACCUUCACCUUUGGCCUCCUCACUCGAUCGUAGUUGACUUCUACUCAACUCUUCCUUCUGGCCUCGUUCAUUCAAUCGCUCAUACACGGCUUUACCAUUGUACAAUAUAACCCUGUCUUUUUUCCCACCGUCAAUAUCCUUGUACUGGACGCAUCUUGCUCCACAACCACAGAUCGAUCAUCACUUCUCUCUUUCUCUCAGAUGUUCUUCGUCGCAGCCGGUGCAAUCAACCUUCGGCCUACUCUACAGCCGCGAAUCGCCCGACAGUAAACCUUUCUACUCUCCUCUACAGUCCGCCACUAUCGGAUUCUAUGGCUACAGCUGCCCAGUCUCCUACCGCCAUCCCCGGUGAUGCUCAAGACCUACCCCCGCCCGCCCCCAUGGCGAAAAAGUCAAAGGGCAAGAAGGAGAAGCAACUGAGCGCCGAGGAGAAUGCCAAACUCGUGCAAGCCCGACUAUCCCAGCUAGAACAGGAAAAGGCUGGCGAGAAAAACCAGCAGGCCGAGGUGGAUCGCGAGGUGAAAAAGGCCACCAGGGAUCUCAACGAACUUAUGAACAGUGUCGAAGGACCCAUGAACCGCCUUGAUGUCGUCCAGAGAAAGUACGAGGAACUUCUUGCCGAAAUGAAGAAAUUGGAACGUGAUCAUGCAAAGAGUAAAAAACGAGGUGAUCAGUUGCAGAAAGAUUCGGACAAGAUAAAAUCGGAACACAGCAAGACCGCCAGCAUGAAGGAGAAACUCGAGAAACUGUGCAGAGAGUUGACAAAAGAUAACAAAAAGCUUAAGGAGGAAAACAAGAAACUCGAAGAGACAGAGAAACAAGCACGAGAGGUUGUCAAUGAUCGCAUGGACGAAUUCUUGUAUGACGUCCAAGAAGUCAUGAACUCCAAGACUGCCGCCCACUCAGAGAAUCUACAUCUCGAAUUGGACGAAUUGUUCAAAACCAGAUGUAAAGUCCUCGCUGAUCAAGCCGACAUUCGUGAAACCCACUUCAAAGCCAUCCUCCGACACAAGGAUGCAGAGAUUGCCCAUCUUCAAGCCAAACACGAGGUCGAAAGGCGCCGUGCCGACAAUGAGGCUGCUCGAUGUAGGACCUUGACCAGCCAGGUCUCCACCUUUUCCCAUACCGAGGCCGAACUCCGCUCCCAGCUCAACAUCUAUGUAGAAAAGUUCAAACAGGUAGAAGACACCCUCAACAACAGCAACGAACUCUUCCUUACCUUUAGGAAAGAGAUGGAAGAGAUGUCCAAGAAGACGAAGCGGUUGGAGAAGGAGAAUCUCACCCUCACCCGCAAACACGAUCAAACCAAUAGGAAUAUCUUGGAAAUGGCUGAGGAGCGAACCCGAGACAAGGACGACCUGGAACGACUUCGAAAGCAGGAACAACAGAUGCGAAACAUUAUCAAGUCUAUGCAAGAGCAAGGUCGAGGCGGUCCUAUCCAACAAGAAUUGGUUGACGAAGAAGGGACUGAGAGCGAAUACGACGAAGAGUACGAAGAUGAAGAUGACGAGGACGACGAGGGGAGCUAUGAUGCCGAGGAGGAACUGGCGGCCGAGAUCGUGAGCAAGCCCGUCUUUGGCCCCGUUCCACCUCCAGAGAUGUUGCUGAAGGCCAACGGCCAACGAGCAAACAGUGGUGGCGUCGUGAAUGGUAUCAAGCAUUGAUUCGUCGUUUCAUCACCCAGAUACAUGGCCACACAUGCGCCCUCAUUACGGCUUGUCGCAGGCAUUGGUAUAUACGCUUUGCACGUGGCCCUUUGAAGCUAUGUAUGCUGAACCUCGUCUUGACUUGCUUCUACAGAGCUUUUGCCAAUCUGUCAAUCAAUACGAUGUACUCCACAUGAUAUCAAGCUACAGUGAUACUCUUUCUACUGCCGUUGAUUGUCAUGAAUACCCAAAUCACAAUUUACUCUUGCCUCCUUCGAU